AUUUUUGACAUUCUAAUCAUCAAUAAUCGAGGGAUGAUUUCAAUCGGAAAUCGGUCGGUGAUUUGGUGUACUUCGCCGGAGUUUCAGCUAUCAGACUCUUCUUCCCUACCGGAAAAGUUAGGGUUCUCGAAGUUUUCGGUGUUCGAUUGUGAAAGAAGAAGCUUGAGGCCACAUGAUAAGGGGCUGAGGUCGAGCUUUUUGGCGCCAAUUAAGGCAAUGGAGGUUUCAAAAACAUCCUACAUCAAUGGCAAUGCUGAUACCAUUCCAGAUGUACGCCAGACAGAAUACAAAGCCAACGACAAUGAGUUGAUGAAUGGGUCUAAUGGUGUUUCAGGAAAAACACUUCGUCAGACGUCUACGGUGGGGAAGUCCACGAAUAUUCUUUGGCAUAAAUGCUCGGUCGAGAAAAUUGACAGACAAGAGUUGCUUCAGCAGAAAGGUUGUGUCAUUUGGAUUACAGGUCUCAGUGGUUCAGGAAAGAGCACUUUGGCAUGUGCUUUAGCUCGAGCCUUGCACUCUAGAGGAAAGCUGACCUACAUCCUUGAUGGAGACAAUGUUCGGCAUGGUCUAAACCGUGAUCUUAGUUUUAAAGCCGAAGAUCGUGCAGAGAACAUACGAAGGAUUGGGGAGGUAGCAAAGCUAUUUGCGGAUGCGGGAGUUAUUUGCAUUGCCAGUGUAAUAUCCCCCUACAGAAAGGACCGAGACGCCUGUCGUGCUUUACUCUCAGAAGGAGAUUUCGUUGAGGUUUUUAUGGAUGUGCCUCUCCAAGUGUGUGAGGCAAGGGACCCUAAGGGCUUGUACAAACUUGCAAGAGCUGGAAAGAUUAAAGGUUUUACGGGAGUUGACGAUCCAUAUGAGGCACCAAUGAAUGCCGAGAUAGUGUUACACCAAGAAGGAGUCGUCUGUGAUUCCCCAAGUGAAUUGGCUGAAAAAGUGAUUUCUUAUUUGGAGGAGAAAGGUUACCUGGAAGGUGAUUUGCUGACCUAUACCCCUGGCUGCGGAACUUCUGUUUAG